AUGCUUCAACGAGCGGACGACGCCAGAGUCCAGUCCACUGAGCCUCGUUGCGUCGGAAGGCGGCAAUGCCUCGGCAGCCCUGGCGCGGCUGCCGAGAGGGUGGUGCUCGAUUCAGACGAGUUCGAAACGCGCUGUCGGUUGCAUGGCUUGCGCUUUCGCAUGAGUCUGUACACAGAACCUAGCGUCCAUGCCGGGGAUGAUGGAGAUGACGUUGAGCUCAGGCACGUCACCACUGUCUCCACAUUAGGAACUCGCGACGGUCGAGGCAGGACGGCUGCGCGCCUGCCCCACGAAAUCACGUGGGUCGCUGAUCUCCUUCGCGCCUGA